AUGGAGUUCGGAACACCGCUGCGAAGUGCGCAAGCCCCGACGGAGACUCCCUUUGCCUCCCCGUCCUCACCCGCUCCGCGACGCCCUGGUGAUGCGACGCCGAACUCGGUUGCCUCCUCCCAUCUGCGCGGUCUUUCCUCCCACCCCUCGUCGCUUAGCCAGUAUCACAGGCACGCUCAGAAUCACGCCCGUCUUUCACCGCCGCCGCUGUCUUCGCAGGCGUCGGUGGACCGCUACGUCUCAGCCCCUUCGCGACAGGCAACAUCGAUGGCACACUUUCUCCUGACCUCCCGCGAACGAAAGACACCAAUGCUUAUCCGAGCGGCGCAGCAGCAGCAGCAGUAUCACCUCGCCAUCCGCAGCCCGUCGCGUGAUCCGUCCUUUGACAUGUCCUCGUCACUGGACGACUCCUAUAACUCCCUGGUGCGGUACGCCGUGGACCGCAGCUCCUCGCGGCAUGCCGCGGUCGCCUCACCGCGAUCACACCGGAGUCUUCCACGGGUAGGCAGCUCCGUCAUGACGCCCAGCAGCGCGCGGCUGAGCAGCGUCUUCGCAAAGAUCCAUCUCGACCCAUCUGCCACGGUGCGCAGCAGCCGCGAGCGCAGUGGGAGCAGUCCUUCUUUGACGGGCGUGGAUACGAGCGACGGAUGUGGCGGCCAGCUUGGCGAUGACGGCAGGAGUUCGCCGCCCUCAGCGAUGGAGCUCGAGCCGUACACGACGAAGCUCGCGCGCACCCUCUUCAGCGAUGUAGAGCAGACCACCGUGCUGCCUGUGAACGACACCGCCGUGCGACCCCUGGGCGUGGCCGCGCGCAGCAUCGAGGGCUUCGGCCACGCCGAGGAGGCGGAAGAGGUGAGCAGCCCCGCCAAGGAUGGAACAGCGGGGCUAGGCAGCCGCUCAGCGUUCGGUUGCAGCGGCGCCCGGCGCCAUCGAACCGACGAGAACAACGACGAUGACGCGCUGGAGGAAGACUGGAUGCACAAUGAAGAGGAUGAGCACGCGUUGCCAUCGUCUGUAGAAAUUCACAGGCACACGGCCUCGGUGGCCACUCGCGUGCCGCUCGCCAUGUCGGAGGUGAACCAGUUUGGCAUGGCGGAAGGCGCACGCUUCGACGCGUCUCUAGGCGUCGUGUUCGAGUGCAACCGCACGCGCAAUUUCACGACCCCUUCCUUCCGCGUUAUACCACACACGCCGGAGCGCAUCCUGGACGCGGCCGACAUGGAGGAUGACUUCUAUAUGAACCUCAUCGACUGGUCGGUCACAUCAGACGUCCUUUGCGUCGCGCUGCAGAACUGUGUGUACCUGUGGGAUGCCAAGACAUGCGGCAUCACAGAGCUGCCGCGUGUCGUCUCGACCGGUAGCGGGCUGCACGGAGAUGGCCGCUCGGGCGAUGCGCAGCUCGUCUGCGGCCUGAACUGGGCGCCAGAUGGGUGCCACCUCGCCGUUGGCCGCCAUAGCGGCGCGGUGGAGGUAUGGGACGUCGAGACACAGCAAAUUGUCCACACCUACCGGCAGCACGCAGACCGCACCGUGUCCCUCUCCUGGGAGCCGCUAGGGGGUUGGCUUCUGGCAUCGGGAAGUCGCGACAGCACCGUCGUCCUGCGUGACGUACGCGAGCGCGACACCUCCACGUCCGCCUCCGCGGCGUCGCUGCCCACCUUCUCCUCCUUGGCCAGCGCCACGGCAGUGCUGCGGGCCCAUGAAACGGAGGUGUGCGGCCUCAAAUGGUCCCCGACGGGGGCGAUGCUGGCGAGCGGCGGCAACGAUAAUCAGCUGCUGCUGUGGGACCGCCGGAGCAUCUCGACGGGGAGCCACAGCAGCGACACCAGUGGGGUCUACCGCCACGGCGAGUGUCAGCCCGUCUUUUUCCUGAAUAAGCACACCGCAGCGGUGAAGGCACUCAGCUGGAACCCGGCGCAGCCGGCCCUUCUGGCCAGCGGUGGCGGCUCGCAUGACAAGGCGCUGCGCUUCUGGAACUCACUCACGGGCGAGUGCGUCCACCACAUCAAUACUGGCAGCCAGGUGUGCGGCGUUGUGUGGAACCGCGCUGGCACAGAGCUCGUCACGGCGCAUGGCUACACGGACAACCAGCUUAGCAUCUGGCGCUAUCCAUCCCUGCGGCGCAUUGCCAACCUGAUUGGCCACACGUCACGUGUGCUGCACCUCGCCCUCUCGGCGGAUGGCCAAACAGUUGUAUCGGCCGCCGGAGACGAGACGCUUCGCUUCUGGCGCUGCUUCCCGGCGAGCGAGCUGCGUGAGUCGUCGCCGCACCUGCACCGCAGCUCCUACAGCUCUAUGAAAGGCUUCUCGUUCAGUUCCUCCACGUAUGGAGGAGGCGUAGGGAUGAGCCCAGGCGGCACUUCAGCUUCCACGUCCUCCACCGCCCGCGCGCGGGCGGUGGCCAUCGCGCCUGGUCGAUGCGGCAGCCUCUCACAAGACCGUGACAGCCACUCGUUCAUGAAUGAAGAAAUCGAGCUGCGAUGA